ACUCACUGGGCGAAAGGAGGGAGGGAGAGAGGCAUACAGAGAGAGAGAGAGAGAGAGAGAAGACCAGCAGAAGAGGCUGUUAGACUGCGCUCCACCUCAGCAGCUAGCUUUGGCUAUCGUCUGUGACCGUGUUUUUCCUCCGCUGGUUUGCCUAAUUUAUUCAAGCCGGGGCCAGAGGAGAGGAGGAAGAAGGAGAUUGUGACUGUGCUUAAGGGAAUGCAGAGAGACUUAGGCCUCAACUGCUGGAUGGACAAGCACUGACAAAACAAGGGAGAGAAAGAGAGAGAAAAAGAGAGAGAAGAGGGGAGACUCGCAUUCUGUUUAAGGGAUAGUAGAGAGUCUUUUCCUCCUUUUCUCAACUGUGUUUUCACUGUGUUUGUUCUGGUGGUUUGAACUAUUGAAGCCACAGAUAUAUGGGAGCAAGAGAGGAACAAGAAACAGAUGCUGCUUCACAACAGACAGAGCAAGGGGACGUCACUGCACUUUGAACUUUCCCAGACUAGCAGGACCAGAAGGAGCUAUUUAUCAUUUCUGUGUUUUAAAUAGCAAGCCUAUAUUCAGUCUGCCUAUAGAUUCAACCUGCUUAUAGAUUCAGUCUGACUAUAGAUUCAGUCUGCGUUAGAUUCAGUCUGCCUAUAGAUUCAAUCUGCCUAUAGAUUCAGUCUGCCUAUAGAUUCAGUCUGCCUAUAGAUUCAGUCUGCGUUAGAUUCAGUCUGCCUAUAGAUUCAAUCUGCCCAUAGAUUCAGUCUGCCUAUAGAUUCAGUCUGCGUUAGAUUCAGUCUGCCUAUAGAUUCAGUCUGCCUAUAGAUUCAGUCUGCAUUAGAUUCAGUCUGUCUAUAGAUUCAGUCUGCCUAUAGAUUCAUUCUGCCUAUAGAUUCAAUCUGCUUAUAGAUUCAGUCUGCCUAUAGAUUCAGUCUGCCUAUAGAUUCAGUCUGCAUUAAAUUCAGUCUGUUUAUAGAUUCAGUCCGCAUUAGAUUCAGUUUGUCUAUAGAUUCAGUCUGCAUUAAAUUCAGUCUGUUUAUAGAUUCAGUCUACAUUAGAUUCAGUUUGUCUAUAGAUUCAGUCAGCCUAUAUUCAGUCUGCCUAUAGAUUCAAUCUGCGUUAGAUUCAGUCUGCCUAUAGAUUCAGUCUGCCUAUAGAUGCAGUCUGCCUAUAGAUUCAGUCUGCCUAUAGAUUUAGUCUGCGUUAGAUUCAGUCUGCGUUAGAUUCAGUCUGCCUAUAGAUUCAGUCUGCAUUAAAUUCAGUCUGUUUAUAGAUUCAGUCCGCAUUAGAUUCAGUAUGUCUAUAGAUUCAGUCUGCCUAUAGAUUCAAUCUGCGUUAGAUUCAUUCUGCCUAUAGAGUCAGUCUGCCUAUAGCUUCAGUCUGCCUAUAGAUUCAGUCUGCCUAUAGAUUCAAUCUGCGUUAGAUUCCGUCUGCCUAUAGAUUCAGUCUGCCUAUAGAUUCAGUCUGCCGUUAGAUUCAGUAUGCGUUAGAUUCAGUCUGUCUAUAGAUUCAGCCUGCAUUAGGUUCAGUCUGCCUAUAUUCAGUCUGCCUAUAGAUUCAGUCUGCAUUAGAUUCAGUCUGCCUAUAGAUUCUGUCUGCGUUAGACUCAGUCUGCCUAUAGAUUCAGUCUGCCUAUAGAUUCUGUCUGCGUUAGACUCAGUCUGCCUAUAGAUUCAGUCUGCCUAUAGAUUCAGUCUGGUUGUUCUCUGGAUUUGUCUAUCGUCUCUGAGUAUUGGCUGUCUGGGGAGAUAGGAUAGUUCUGCCCAGCUAGUGAAACCAAAAGUGCUGUUUAUACAAGUUUGUGAGGGUGUGGGCAUUUGUAAACUGUUAACCCAACAUAUACUACUAGCAACAGACCAAAGACAAAGUAACUCAACCUUCUAAUGGGGGUUGAAUGACAGCAAUCCAUUUCUAACAUUCUCUGAAUAUCUGCUUGUAUCAGAAAUUCUUGACAGAAAUUAGUUCUGUGUUUCUAACUGCUGAGCUAAAACUGUGCUUCUGCUUGUUAGAUUGAUAGAUGGCACUUUCUACACAGCCCAGAACUGGUCUGACUAGUUUGUAAGUAGUAAAGUAAUCCUACGGAAGAGUUUUUUUUUUUCUUCUCUGGGAGGGUCAGAGAGAGAGAGAGAGAGGGAUAGAGAGAGAGAGAGAGAGAGAGAGAGAGCGAUAAUGAGAGAGGGAUAGAGGGAGAGACAGACAGAGAGAGAGAAAGAGACAGAGAAACAGAGAGAGAGGGAGAGCCUAAGCCUCUAAGUGUAAUGUAUUGUUUUCUGUGAAAGGGCAGGCUGCACCCUUUUCCCCCUCCUGAACUCUGAACCGCUUGUUGUGUCAGAACUUUUAGGAGGAGUCAUUGACUUGGGUCACAGGAAAGACAGGGGAGAGAAGGAGAAGAAAAGGAGAGCGACGGUAGAGAAGUAGAGCAGUGAGAAGGACCUCCGGGUCAUUUCACAGAGACAGAAGGGGAAAGAGGUCAACUCUAUUACUUUUCCUGGAAGUGAACUCAAAAACGUAUUUAGUAUGAUUAGAAACUAAAGUGUUGUAGCUGAAGAUUUUCACAGAAAAGAGUAGAGCACUUGGUGAGUAGACAGGCGUGUGUAAGAGAGAGUGUGUGUGUCGGCCGUUUAGCUCAGAUAUGGCCAUGGUGAGCGGGGGAUGGGGCAAUCCUAACCGUGAGACCAACGGAUUGGGUGGGGAGAAGGCUUAUCUGCGUGGGGAUGAGGAGGGCUCGCCCCAGGCCGGUAGUGAUGUGGAGGUGGGAGACGAAGACAAGGCGUGCGUGGUGGACUGUGUGGUGUGUGGGGACAAGUCCAGUGGUAAACACUACGGCGUAUUCACCUGCGAGGGCUGUAAGAGCUUCUUCAAGAGGAGCAUCAGAAGGAACCUCAGCUACUCCUGCAGGUCGAAUCGAGAAUGCCAGAUAGACCAGCAUCACCGCAACCAGUGCCAAUACUGCCGGCUGAAGAAAUGCUUCCGUGUUGGCAUGCGCAAAGAAGUCCAGCGUGGACGCAUCCCUCCAUCCCACUCAGGCAUCAGUCCCACUUCUUUGGUCGGCGGAGGUGGUGGUACUGGGGCCGGGCCAGUAGGGGGCGAAUUCUUCAACGGCCAGCCUGUGUCUGAGCUCAUCUCCCAGCUGCUCCGUGCCGAACCGUACCCCAGCAGCCGCUACGGUCCCCAGUACGGCCAGCAGAUGCAAGGUGCUGGAGGAGGCUCCGUCAUGGGCAUUGACAACAUCUGUGAGCUGGCGGCACGCCUCCUCUUCAGCACCAUUGAGUGGGCCAGGAACAUCCCCUACUUCCCUGAGCUGCCCGUCUCUGAGCAGGUGGCUCUGCUGAGACUGAGCUGGAGUGAGCUUUUCAUCCUGAACGCAGCCCAGUCCGCCCUGCCGCUACACAUGGCCCCACUGCUGGCCGCUGCUGGCUUCCACUCCUCGCCCAUGUCAGCAGAGAGGGUUGUGUCCUUCAUGGACCAGGUGAGGGUGUUCCAGGACCAGGUGGAUAAGCUGACCCGGCUUCAGGUGGACUCGGCAGAGUACAGCUGCCUCAAGGCCAUCGCCCUCUUGUCUCCAGAUGCAUGUGGUCUGACAGACCCCGUCCACGUAGAGUCUCUGCAGGAGAAGGCCCAAGUGGCUCUGAUGGAGUACGAGAGGAUGCAGUACCCGGGUCAGCCCCAGCGCUUCGGUCGUCUGCUCCUCCGCCUGCCUGCCCUCAGGGCCGUGCCCGCCAACCUCAUCUCCCAGCUCUUUUUUAUGCGCCUGGUGGGCAAGACCCCCAUCGAGACCCUCAUCAGGGACAUGCAACUCUCUGGGAGCUCCAUUAGCUGGCCCUACGUCCCUGGGCAGUGAGAACAGGAGCCUGGGACCCACAGGACCCUGGAGGAACCUGGAACCUAGAAUGGGAUGGAGAGGGAUUAGCCACUGAUGUCAUAAAUGUCUAAAUUCUUGAGGAUUUAGUAGAGGAGGACUAUAUUGCUACUCACUCACACAGAGUCACACACUGAGCUUCCAGUGAAUGGAGCUGGAAUCAAACCAUUGGUAGUUUAGCUGUCCCGUGUAUUCCAAGGAAAUUAUACAUUUGUCUUGGAAUAUAUUUCCUGAUCUGUAUCAUGACCUCUCUACAUGACCUGUCUGAAACACAGAACAGGGCUCUGAAACAUAGAACAGGGCUCUGAAACACAGAACAGGGCUCUGGAAAACAGAACAGGGCUCUGAAACACAGAAGAGGACUUUGGAACACAGAACAGGACUCUGGAACACAGAACAGGGCUCUGGAACACAGAAAAAGGGCUCUGGAACACAGAACAGGGUUCUAGAACACAGAACAGGGCUCUGAAACACAGAACAGGACUCUGGAACACAGAACAGGGCUCUGGAACACAGAACAGGGCUCUGGAACACAGAACAGGGUUCUAGAACACAGAACAGGGCUCUGAAACACAGAACAGGGCUCUGAAACACAGAACAGGGCUCUGGAACACAGAAAAGGGUUCUAGAACACAGAACAGGGCUCUGGAACACAGAACAGGGCUCUGAAACACAGAACAGGGCUCUGGAACACAGAACAGGGCUCCGGAACACAGAACAGGGCUCCGGAACACAGAACAGGGCUCUGGAACACAGAACAGGGCUCCGGAACACGGAACAAGGCGCCGGACCACAGAACAGGGCUCCGGAACACAGAACAGGGCUGCGGAACACAGAACAGGGCUCCGGAACACAGAACAGGGCCCCCGGAACACAGAACAGGGCUCUGAAACACAGACUGUAACUAAAGGCCCACUGCCACUACUACCUCCAUCCCCAUGGCGCCCAACGUGACCCUGACCCCAGGCUCUGUGUGGCUCUCUGGCUGCUGUGUUAGGCCCCUGGGUCUCAUAUGGGCCCCUAUUCCCCUUAGCUACAGUGCGUAGGGCUCUGGUACUCAAACGUAGUGCACUGUAAAGGGAAUAGGGUGCCAUUUGAGACUCAGCCACAGGGAUUAUGAUGCCACAGCCACGCCACAUACUGCCAUUGUAUUGUGUUUUGUCCUGAGCCCUCUAUUCAUGUAAAUCGUUGAGUUUGAUUUACAUUCAUGUUGAUCUUAUAGUGGAAAAUGUAAUGUGUACAUUAUGCAUAUGUGGUCAUGUAAAUCUCUGAAUGUUAUGCAAAUAGCGGGCUCUCUUCAUAGUAUAAGCAAUAGCAUACAUGCUACAGUACAUGCUAUGGUGCCGAACACUUGCACAAGCUAGCAGAGGUGAAUGUAUAUGAUAGAUAACCCCUCACACGCAUCCUGAGUCACAACGAGUCACCCCUGUCUUAUACAUUGUUACCUCAAGUUUUAUACCAAUGACAGAGAUUGUAUAGUGGAUUGUCUGAUAAUAGAACCCAUGCAUUCUUAAACAGAACUAAGAACCCUCCAUGAUGUGAUCGAUGACAAACACAAAGGGAUCAAAGCAUCGUACACACCAGCAUUAUGUCAUUAGCCUGAAAGUAAACUAACUGUAGGGUCGACCCUUGUCAUUAGGCCUAUUGGAAGGCUAGGUGGAGCCAUGACCUUACUGCUUAGACCUGAAGGGUAGGGGGCUAGGGGAAGUGGAUGCUUUCAGAUCAGACAUUUCAUGUGAUCGUCAUACAAUGUAACUAAAGGUACUGACCCCUUUAAGGACUAAAGGGUAUGCUGUGUAUUAACAGUAACACUAUGGUACAGUGCACAAGGCUAUGUGCAUACUCUUAGUGAUAUUGGCCUGGACUGCAAUUUGAUGUGACCAUGCUUUUUUGUUUUUGCCAAAUGACUUACUCAGAGUGGACAUAUGAAUACUGAAAUCAAAGAAUCUGUUUUACUCUGAUGGGAUUUUGACUAGCGACUUCAUUGUGUAGUUCUACAUAAGAAUCAUGUUUUUAUUGCGAUGUCAAACCAAAAUGUAAAGAAAAUUGCUACUGCUGACCAUGGAUAUUUUUGCAUAACUAGAAAUAAAGUCUAAGUACUCUUA